GUGCACUCAAUAAAAACCCUAAACCCUAACUCGCAUCGCAGUCGCAGCAUUCUGUGUUGUUUCGAAUACUCGUCAAUUGUUGGGCUUCUGAGUGUUCCAGAGCUUUUUUGCCAUACGAGCGAUUGGAGUAGCGUUUGAUACAGGACAUGGGUGUCUAAGGAGUAAUUUAAUUGCAUAUAGUGGCUGUGCUACAACUUCUGUCUUGUUGCAUCCUUGCUAGGAGUCUUUUUUGCAAUUUUAAUCAUGACUUUGUUGGAAGUAAUUAAGAACGCGUCAGUCGAUUCAAGAUCACGUCAUUUACCAUUGGAAUACCCAUUUGUUCUGGACUCAGAUAGUAUCUUACAUAAGUUAAAGCCUAAAAUUAAAGAUAUAAAUUCAUCAGCCCUCAUAAAACCCCUUAUUAGGUGGAAAAUUCCGAAAGCCGAUGCUAAGCUCAUUAAGAUUAACAAAAUAUUCUUUGAUACUAGGCGCAAGCAUGUUAAGAAUUUGGAUAAGGCAAGGUUUAUGAGUAGUUUGUUUUCCCAUCUAGAAAGCAUCAGGCGUGAAGUAGGGGUUUUGAUUGAUGUUGAUCCAGGCAGGAGUGAUUUUAUUAGGAUUUUGAUCGAUAAGCUUGGAGUUUUCAUGGGUAAAGAUGUUGCUGGCCUGCUUUUGGAUGCGAGUGUUUCUUUGAGGCUUUCGGAAGUGGUUGAGGCUUUGGUGGUUAAUGAUAUUAUUGAGCAUUCUUGUUAUUCCAACCUGGUUAACAAGUUGGUGGAAAGAAAUAUGUCUGUUUUGCUCUGUUUAUGCAUUAAGCGUGCUUUUCAUCUCGGUUCAUCAGAAAUACUCACUAUUUUGAGGUAUUUUCUUUCUCCAUCCAAAAGUGCUUGUGAAAGUAUGGUAACUGUGAAGAAGGAGUGGGAGAGCCAAGCUCUGUUAGCCAUUGAGCAAUCAAGUGAUACCAGCCGUAAGAGGAAGCACUUGCUUAUGGCAAAGGAGGCUUCCAUUUUGCUUAUGAUGGCAUAUGAUGGUUUUUCUGCAUCUGAGACUUGUUUGCAUUAUCUGAUUGCAUCAUCCAACAUCAAUGAUGUGAUGCUAUCCCCUUCAUUCAGCAAGUUGAAUGACAGAGAGUUAAUAAAUUUGAUUCGUUAUUUAACCAAGUGGUUGAAGAAAUAUCAGAGGUUUCCUCAAGCAAGACCAUGUCCAGAAGCUUCAUCAGUUUUGCAUUUGGAGGCUUGCGAUUGGGUUCCUAAACUUGAGGAUGUUAUAAAAUGUCUCGGCUUAGUGCUUGAUGAGAAUUUUUCUUCAUUGGUGUUACUUCCACAGUUUCAUGAGGAGCUGAGAUCGAUUGAAGUAGUGGUUAGUAGCUUAACUGCUGAAGCCAAAUUUUGUCACUUGAUGGCUGACGUGGUGGUCAAACUAAAGAUCGAAGUAAAGGGUGGAAAUAAUUAAGUCCAUUCUGCAGAUUCAUUUUGAUGUGAUUUGCAUUUUAGCUAAUGAUGUACUCACCCACCCUUCUGAAGUACCUUUGUAAUUUUAAUAUCAUUAUAUAACCUAUUUUUGAGACACAAUGUUGGUCAUUGUAUGCAUUGCUUUAUGUGUUGCAUCAGAACAGUUUUCUUGUGAUCCAUAAUAUUUUUUAUGCCAUUUUACACAUUAUAGU